GGGCGUUGAGGUCUGGUCUGGGGUAACCCCUCCCCCUGGCAGGUGAGAUCUCCAUGGAGAAGGUGAAGGUGAAGCGCUAUGUGUCGGGGAAGCGGCCAGACUACGCGCCCAUGGAGUCCUCCGACGAGGAGGAUGAGGAGUUCCAGUUCAUUAAGAAGGCGAAGGAGCAGGAGUUGGAGCCAGAGGAGCAGGAGGAGGAUUCAGCCAGCGACCCCCGCCUGCGGCGCUUGCAGAACCGCAUUAACGAGGAUGUGGAGGAGCGACUGGCAAGGCACCGCAAAAUUGUGGAGCCAGAAGUGGUUGGAGAAAGUGACUCAGAGGUGGAGGGAGAAGCUUGGCGUUUGGAACGGGAAGACACCAGCGAGGAGGAGGAGGAAGAGAUUGACGACGAGGAGAUUGAGCGGCGGCGCGGGAUGAUGCGCCAGCGAGCCCAGGAGAGGAAGAAUGAGGAGAUGGAGGUGAUGGAAGUGGAGGACGAAGGCAGGUCUGGGGAGGAGUCUGAAUCCGAGUCGGAGUACGAGGAAUACACAGACAGUGAGGAUGAAAUGGAGCCGCGCCUCAAACCUGUCUUCAUCCGCAAGAAGGAUCGCGUUACAGUCCAGGAGCGUGAGGCAGAGGCAUUGCAGCAGAAGGAGGUGGAGCAGGAAGCCAAGCGGCUGGCAGAGGAGAGACGGAAGUACACGCUCAAGAUCGUGGAGGAGGAGACGAAGAAGGAGCUGGAGGAGAACAAGCGCUCGCUGGCUGCGCUGGAAGCACUCGACACCGAUGACGAGAACGACGAGGAGGAGUACGAGUCCUGGAAAGUGCGUGAGCUGAAGCGCAUCAAACGGGACCGCGAGGAGCGAGAGGCAUUGGAGAAGGAGAAGGCGGAGAUUGAGCGCAUGCGGAACCUGACGGAGGAGGAACGCCGUGCCGAGCUCCGCGCCAAUGGCAAGGUCAUCACCAACAAGGCAGUGAAGGGCAAAUACAAGUUCCUGCAGAAGUACUACCACCGCGGGGCCUUCUUCAUGGAUGAAGAUGAGGAGGUGUACAAGAGAGACUUCAGUGCCCCCACGCUGGAGGAUCACUUCAACAAGACCAUCCUGCCCAAAGUCAUGCAGGUCAAAAAUUUUGGGCGCUCGGGGCGGACCAAGUAUACCCAUCUGGUGGAUCAGGACACAACCUCCUUUGACUCUGCGUGGGGCCAGGAGAGCGCCCAGAACACCAAGUUCUUCAAGCAGAAGGCAGCCGGCGUGCGGGACGUCUUUGAGAGACCGUCGGCUAAGAAACGGAAAACUACCUAGAGCUGCUGUCUGGCCGGCAUGCUGCUGACACCGGAGGGCCCCGCGGCCUCACCCUGCCAGAGACCCCGAGGUCCUGGCCAGUUCUCCUCCUCUCCGGCCGGAGUGGGUGUUGCCUCUGGUGACCUUGCCCCAGGGGGGAGCUCAGACUUUCCAGCGGUUCUACCCUUGGCAUGGGCCUGCCAGACCCGGUGCCCAAUUGCUCUCGUCCCCCAGCCCUAAGGGGUUAAAGCGCUCCCUAGAUUCCCACUGUCAGAGGCCAGCAACCACCACCCCCUUCCCUUGGACUUAGCAGGCUGUAGGUACCUGGUGCUCCAGAACAUCUCCUGUGGGGAAGGGAGCCCCGCCCCUUUUGGUUCUCUGGAACAGCUGAGAGUCUACUGUGCCCUGCCCGAGGGGCUUUGCAGCCCCUUUUGCCUAGCCCACUGUGGCUCGACGCUCCCAUCCCCAGGCACUGGGGGCUGGGGCUCUGCCAGGCCCCCGAGGCACAAGGUGAGUUUGAAUUAAAAGUUGUUUUCUCACAA